UAGUAAUUGACUCUGGUUAAUAAUUAUUACAGGUAAGUGAGGUCAGUUGUAAUAGGUAAGUGAGGUCAGUUGUGGGGUUAGUUGUAAUAGGUAAGUGGGGAUAGUUGUAACAGAUGCUAAUCACUGAGCUUCACUCACAUUUACAUAUUUGCAGACUUGUGUACUCACACAAUGAACUUCAGAAUUAUCUCUCUUCAAAUGACUAGUGAUGUAUAAAUGAAAAUGUAUCGCAAAUCCAAAGUAGAACAUACGCAGUAAAAUGACUGUUAUUUCAACUCUUACAGAGUACAUGUGAGUCCAAAAGGGACAAUAUGUACUCUGAAAGAGUUGAUUUAACACUGAACACUUUACUGUGUAUUUAAACCAAAAGAUUUUUUAAAUAGCAGGGUCCUUAUAUGCGCAAGAAAUAUAGUUAUGCAUGACAUCACAUAUUUUGAAAGGUUAACGCCAUCAUUCUUUAGAAACAUGCUUUAAAGUAAAUAUGCUUUAUGGUUAUUUGGAUGUCAGGUAUGCCAUCCACCAAGUAAUGCCUUGGCAGGGCAUGCCUCAUACAUAUACAGGACUGACAUUUUGGCACUUUAGAUUUUCUCUCAUAAAUAACCACAAUGACCAAUGACUGUUCUUCCUCAUUAUAAACACAAACUUCUGUUCCCUCUGUCCCCACAAAAUUCAUUACAUUUUACAUUACAUUACAUUUAUUUGGCAGACGCUUUUAUCCAAAGCGACAUACAAAAAGUGCAUUUCAGAUACAAUAAUACACAAUAACGCCCCAGACAUUGGAUAUGUUUGAGUUUAUUUAUCAUUUUUAAAUUAAAAAUGGUAAAAUCUAUUCAGUAUUUGACAUAGACAUUUGAGAAGAAAAUAUUCAUUUUCAUACUUUUUUCAUACCUGUAAGUUUGCGGUGCCACACCCGCCAAUCACGCUGAGUUCAUCCAAUCGCGCAUGGCAAGCCAUUCUGACUCCUCCUUAGUGGCUUAUUGAAGUUUCUUUACUUUCUUCCAGCAUACUCAUCACACAAUCUAGCACGACCACUGUAAGGAGAUAGCACAUCACGGCCACGCAAUGUUUACAAGUAAUUACAUAGUUUACCUGGCAGCUUUUCUGUGGAUCACAGCGUCCUGCAACCUCAGGAAUACCUCUGCGAGGAAGCACGAAGAGUCCUUCUCGACUGGCAGCACGUGCUAUGCGAGAUGCGCAUCGAGAUGUCUCAGCCUUCACAUUACACGUAUAUCAUCACUUUCCAAGAAUUCUCAGAAUAAUGGAUCCCUGGUGUGGUGUCAAAAUCAUAAACAUUGCUCCAAGUGUCUUGAGCCAUGCAAGUCAUCCUGGGACCUGAAGGAAAACCAGUGCAGGAACUUGUGUGAGUCCCUGUUCCCCAAGAAGCAUUAUGAGUGUGUGACGAGCUGUGAGUUCCGGAGGUCUGUCGAGACGCUGAAGCAGGGAGAGUGCCCCGCCCCCAGGAAGGCCAGCGGGUUCGCGGCGGCAUGCGUGGAGAGCUGCGAUGCCGAUGGAGAGUGCUCAUCUGUCAGGAAGUGCUGCUCCAAUGGCUGUGGGCACACCUGCCAACUGCCCAAGAACCUCUACAAAGGAGUUCCUUUCAAACCCAGAAAGGAGCUGAGCUUUACUGAGCUCCAGUCCAGCCACCUGGAGAUCCGCUGGUCCUCAAAGUUCAACAUCUCAGCAGAGCCUGUUCUGUAUGUGGUGCAGCAGAGGUGGAACUAUGGCCUCCAGCCCAGUGAAGACCAUGCCACAGACUGGCAGACUGUGGCACAGACUACAGAGGAGCAGGUUCAGUUGGCAGACAUCCGGGCCAACAGGUGUCACCAGUUCCGUGUGGCUGCUGUUAACGUUCAUGGGACCAGAGGCUUCACAGCCCCCAGCAAGCAUUUCUGUUCCUCCAAAGAUCCCUCAGCGCCCCCUACUCCAUCGAGCCUAAGGAUCAGCAGCAUGAGGGUCAGUACCGAGGGCACCGUUUCUGUCCGCCUCGACUGGAACGUUCUAGAAGACCCAGACGUUCCUGUGCACCAUUUCAGAGUUUUCUGGACGGUCAGUGAUAGGUCCAUGGUGGCAGCCAAGAAGAAGAGGCGGAAGAACACCAAAGGGAUCCUUAACUAUGUGGAUCUAGAAGGCCUCCAGGCUAACAUCUGCUACACAGUGGAGGUUCAGGCAGUGACCUACUGGGGACAGGGGCGUCUGAAGAGCGCAAAGGCAUCCCUGAAUUUCAGUACCACGUACCUCAAUGCCACAAGUAUGAAUUGUGGCCUGCCAGUGGACAGCCGAGAUGAGGAUGAGCUCUUGAUGUACUUGGUGAUUGGUGGAAAUCCUGUCUGUUUUAUGCUUGUACCAGUGAUGUUGCAUUUUCAUUAUUCCUAUUUUUCAAUCCUUUCUUGGAACUCAGCUGGCAGCCAAUACCAUGUCCAGUGGGGGCCUGAAUUCUGCAGUCACAAUGUUACCAGAAGACCAGAGAAGUCCGUCACCCUGGAAAACUACAUUAACCUCCCAGGCCUGCUGUUCUCCUGCAAAUACAAAGUCACAGUUCACGUGACAAGGGCCAGGGGUCGCUCCAAAACAGAGAGCACAACAUUCUUCACCCCACCCUGCUCCACACUCAGGGCUAAGAGCCCAAAGUACAUCCAGUGCCCUGAGGAAGAAGGAGUUGUGCCGAAAGUGUUAGCCAAGCCGGAAAAUUUGACCGCCUCCUUCUCAGUCCACGAAGGAAACAUCACUGGCAGCUUGUCCUGGAGGGUGGUGAUGCCUCGCCUACACCCCAAAAUCACAGGCUUCCAGGUCACCUGGGCAGAGAUCACCACGGAUAAUCGACACAACAGCCUACCAAACAGCAUAAUCUCCCAGUCGCAGAUACUGUCACCAAACCAUAAUUAUGUUGUAGUGUCCAACAUGCGACCAGGAACAGGCUACAGGCUGGAUGUGCAAGUAGUAACAACGGCAGGGGAGGGCGCUAUGGUUUCCAAAAUCUUUCAGACGCCCACCUUGUCCUCUGCUCCUCAACAGUCACCCAGGCUCAGACAACAGCAGAAACGCCAGAGGCCACCAGGAGAGAAGUACUGAUACCACAGCUCAGUUCAUCUAAUGGGACCUGAACCAGCCUCACCGACCACCACAAAAAAGAGCAGGGAUACAAACAUGAAAAAAGAUUUUGGACUGCAUAUUUCAUCCAAAGGUUAUUAGGUAGACUUAUCCUCUGGGCUUUGACGCUUAUGCAGGGUGCAGCCAGAUUCUAAACUAAUCUGAGGCCAGCUGAACUAUGCCAUAUUAAAAAAGCCUUGAGCCAAUGGGACAGUUUCUACAAAUGAUCCCAAAAUGCAUAUAUUAUUAAAAACUUCUACUGCAGUCUCAUGCAUUUUCAAUGGAUUCCUUCAUUUUUUAAUUAGUAGCAACUGGAACAACAAGGAGCAUGCAGUAAUUUUUCUGAAAAGAGGAUUUUCAAUGAAGUGAAGGUUUAACAAAGACUAUCAUGGUGGACUAUUGCCAUUUAUAUAAAAUGCACUCAUACCACUGUCAUUUUCUUCAGUAAGGGAUGAGUAAUAUUAGAUGCAACUAUUUAUUUACUUAAUCAUGUAAAUGAAUGGCACUUAGAAUGGUGAAUAAUUCUAAAUAAAAGCCUUGAUAUUUUAUCAAAUCACUUGUAUCUUCAAAUCCAAAGUUAAGCAUGACUUCAGUACGUGUAUCUUUUUGGGCAUGGAAUAUGUCAAUAUGUCACUCUGUAAUAUGUUAAGUGAAUUUGAACUUUAUUAGGAAAUGAAUUAUGUGCUAUUGAGCAGUAAGACUCAGUGUACUAAGUGUACUCAGAACUGAAGGACUUAUAUGUGACUGUAAAGUCAUUUGUAUUGCAUAUUCAGCAAAUGCCUAUAUUUAUUUAUAUAUGUAUAUUAUAUGUAUUAUGAUUUUUGUCUGUUCAUAAAAGUUCAUCUGUGGGUGUGUGUACAACACGCAUGCAGGUGUGUGCACGCAUGCAUGUGUGGGCGCACACAUGUUUGUUGUAGUUCAGCCAUGUUUAUAAAUAUAUAAUACUUGUAUAGACAUUCUGUAAAAAUAGAAUUGUAAAUAGUAAUUGUACUUGUCUUUUCCAUGUUAUAAAGUGUACAUAAUAUUAGU